UUACAAGACCAGCACAAAGUUGAAAUAUUUGGACCUUUCAUAUAAUGAUAUUACGAGUAUAUCAAACAGAGCGUUUGUAACAUUUGAAAAUCUUUCAUGGCUGCGCCUAGAGGGGAAUCCUCUAUCAAUCACAAAUUUCGCUUCUGCAUUCACCGAAGCAAAUCUUAUAUUUUGGUUCUCCGCUGAGAAUGACAACACGACGCGUUGGAUUGAAAUAAUCGAUGGGGUCAGUGUGACUGAAGCCCCAUCCACAUCAUUAUCUACCUCAACUGCAUUUGAAGCCUCCGAUGAGAUGACUACAUCGUUACAUCAAACGACAGAUAUCGCGACAACAGAACGCACCUUUCCACCAAAUGACACUGUAGAUACAAUUUUGUAGUCAAAUAUAACGCAGGACGCAGCCUAUCAACCAGAUAUCUCCUGGGUUAAAAUCCUAAGCUUAACUUUUGAAUGAAGGAGGGUAAUGUUGGUAGAACACAUCCUUCUGGAUGAGUUCCCGGUACAUUUGCUGACGGUACAUUUAGAUGGACGGAGCCUAAUAUUGACUGCAUUAGCCUAUAUCUUACGAAAGGAGUGUGCCGUUGCCAAUGUAUUUAGUAGAAUGAAAGAGGGUGAUGAUGACAGUAUAUUUAGCAGAUGAAAAGCGGGAAUAAUGGUUUUGCAGUGAGUCCAAGAAAGGAACGUAAUGUUUCCAAUGUAUUUAGUUGGAUGAAAUAGGGUGAUGAUAACAGUAUAUUCAGCAGACGAAAAGCGGGAAUAAUUUUAUUGCAGCGAGACAAUGAAAGGAGUAUACUGUUGGCAAUGUGUUAAGUCAGGUAACAAAACCCUAACGAUAAGAGAAUAUUUAGCCAGUUGAAAGAAGCGUUACCCUUGACAGUAUAUUUUGCAAGAUGAAAAGAGUGUUCCGAUGACGGUGCAUUAGGAUGACAGGACAUUUGGAUGACAG